AUGCGUGCCCUGGCAGCGGCAGCGGACUCCGGACGCGCGCGCGGUGGCCAUGAUGACGAUGAAGAGCUCGGUAACGGCCGCGAGGACAGCCGCGCUCAAAAUUUCGAGGACGAUCGUGGCACGCACCGCGGACUCUGUCUUGGUAGUGGUAGUGGUAGUGGUGGUCAUGCUGGCCAGCGCAGCACAACAGAAGAUGGUCAGUCUCGCGACUCUCGCCUAAUAAGCACAUCAGGCGGCCAGAAGCCAGGUCUGCUGCACGAGAUAUUGCCAGAGGACGUCUUGAUCCUACUCCAGACAAAAACGCGGGGGACGUUGGCUUUACCCAGUAUUGCCAUUGCCCGCCCGCACUACAUCGAGCGUGCGCAUCUCUCCCAACCUCUUCGGCGCAAUGAUGGCGGAGGUGCGGUAGCUGAAGGCGGAUUGGACAAGGAGCUAUUUUUACCUGCUGAGAUAUUGGAGGCCCCGGCUGCCGCACUGGUGGUUGCACUGUGUAACAGCAGCAGCAGCAACAAUACUCGCUGUAUGAAUCGCAUGCAACAACAGCACCAAUACCACCGCUUCUGCAAGCUUGUACAUCUCUCUGCACCCUCAGGCUUCCCAGGCUUCCCAGGCACCCCCAGGCUCCUCUUCCCUCUCCCCCAGGCUUUGCCUCAGGCUGCGCAGGCCUCUUCUCCAGCGCGGCAAAACUCUUCAGCGCCCGCCGGAGCUGACCAGGCUGGUGCUCAUCCGCGCACCCAUCGGCCUACCCGAUCCGGCAUGGCCAAACGUGUUCGUCGCGUGCUACUGGUCGAUCUCUCCACCGCACGGGCCGCGACAGGUUGGCCUUUCACACCUCGGCCGCCGCAACCUCCAUGGCCGUUUUACGCCUCAUUGCCGGCCUGCCACUGCCAGCCCAGCUGGAGCGGCGGCUCAUGCACAUCACCCUGCACGCCUAAACGUCUCCCAUUUCCAGUCAGAUGGACAAGGGGUCCGAGCCAGAGAGAGAGCCACUUCCUCCUUCAUCCGCGCCCUUCAACCCUCCAACCCUUCAACGCCUCCCCAGUCAUGGCCGGCCGGCUGGCUGCCAGAUGGGUGCCCGCAUGCCAUGCUGGCCAGGGCGGCAGCAGGGGCACAAGGGCCACAGGGGGACAGGGGGACAAGGGGACAGGGGGACAGGGGGAAGGGCUGUGGCCAUCCGUCUGCUAUUCCGCUCUAAGUCUCACUCCUUCUCUCACUCUCGCACUCUCCUCACCCAUGUCGUUCUCGUUUGAUAUCAGUCCAGGGCCCGGCAUGGCCGCCUGCUGA